AUGCCGCCUAGACAACGUAGAGUUCCACGACGCUAUUUGGAUGAGGAGCAUGUUCGUGGUUGUGGCGGGGAUGCACCACCACCCCCGCCACCUCCACCACCUCCUUCACAAUACAUGCCUGAUUUUAGGCUGUUUUGGGACGCUUUGUUGGCCGCUGCACCUAGGCCAGCUGAGAAUGCUCCAGUGGUUGGAUGUUCCUCUGUUCAUUUCAGCGGUCAUAAAUCGCCUAACUUCUAUGGGGAUGAGGGGCUAAUUGCAGCUGAUGAUUGGCUUACCUCUCAUGAGGAUUUGACACAAACAUUGCACUGUACUGAUGCACAAAUGGUGGAUUAUGCAAAUCUAAAGCUAAGAGGUGAGGCCAAGAACUGGUGGAUGUCUAGGAAAACACACCUCACUACAAAGUAUGGGCAAGGUGUUCCUAUUCCCUGGAAACGCUUCAAAAGAGAGUUUAACGAUCAUUUCUUCCCACGUGCACAGAGGCAGCAAUGUGUAAGAGAUUUCCAAUAUCUGAAACAGGGGUCUAUGACAGUUGAGCAAUACUCAGCUGAAUUUCAAAGGUUGUCAAGGGUGACUGACUACUCAGAGAUGGUACACAUGGCGACUAUGACAGAGAAAGGGAUUAAGGCAACAACUGAGGACUAUUUCACAAGGAAGAGGAUAAGGUCUGCAGGAACUUCCUCCACACCACCACCCAAGAAGCAAGCCACUAGUAGUAGUGUUGGGUCAUAUGGUAGAAGGAACACUCCUCCUAGUCAAGGUAGUAGUGGAAAUCCAAAGUGCAACACAUGUGGGAAGUCACAUACAGGGAUGUGCAGGAUGGGAACUAAUGCAUGCUUCAAGUGUGGCAAGCCAGACCACUAUGCUAAAGAAUGCAUGCAAGCAGAGGACAUGGGUCUCAAGCCAGCAUCAAUCAACCUAGGCCUACAGUUCCAGCCUGGGUGUACGAUUCCGUUGUUUGGUAGAGUUGCUUGUAUAUUGUUUGUUCCGGGUGCUACACACUCGUUUAUCUCAUCAUCCCAUGUGAAGUUGUGUAGAGUGAACACUGAACCAUUAGAACAAAAUAUGUGUGUGGCUACUCUUGUUGGUGACACUGUUACUUGUAAAAUGUAUGUGGGCAAUUGUCCUAUUGUGAUUGAAGGGAGAGUAUUACCGGCGAAAUUAGCGGUAUUUGGCAUGAUGGGCUUUGAUGUCAUUCUUGGAAUGGAUUGGCUAUCGAAGUAUGAUGCUAACAUGAAUUGUCGUAGGAAGGAGAUCACUUUCCGACUUUAUGGCAUAGAAGAGUUCACAUAUUGUGGAUCUAGAGUACGGUCCACUCCACCACUCCUCUCUGCCGUUCAAGCUAUCAAAAAUGUCAGAGGGGGAGCAUAUGUACAAGCUAAGCCAGAGACUCAAGCGAAGUUGGAAGAUAGUCCGAUAGUAUGUCACUACACGGAUGUUUUCUCUGAAAUCACAGGUUUACCUCCAGAUCGUGAGGUUGAGUUCUCCAUUAACUUAGUGUCGGGGACUCAGCCGAUCCACAAGGCACCUUAUCGAAUGGCACCGACAGAGUUAAGAGAGUUAAAAGAGCAACUUCAAGAGUUACUUGACCGGGGCUUCAUCAGCCCAAGUGUGUCACCGUGGGGAGUGCCGGUGUUGUUUGUAAAGAAGAAAGAUGGAUUUAUGCAGAUGUGUAUUGAUUAUCGCGAGUUGAAUAAGUUUACUAUAAAAAAUAAGUAUCCCUUACCAAGGAUUGACGAUUUGUUCGAUCAACUCAAAGGAGCUUCGGUGUUCUCGAAAAUAGACCUUCUUUCGGGGUACAAUCAGUUGAGAGUGAGAGAAUAA